AACAGCGCGUAAGUCCCGCGAUGAUCGUGGUCCGCACGAGUGCCUGUUAUUAAAGUCAUUUUAAAGGAUUCGCUUCAUUUUUACAUUAUAUUUUUGCGCGCAUAGAUAUAUUACUUUUUCGAGGGAGUGGAGCUGAUGUUUCCUAUAAUUUUGACCAUCCUAAACACGUGUAAUACAUUCUUCAGCACGACCGUCAGAUUUUAGGGCUAAAUUAUCAGCCUUUCUUCACAUUUUUCCUCGGGAAGUAAAUACUGCAAGACUCAAGUCAUGAGUAGGCAGGAAGGUGAAAGAUGUUUUCGGAAACAUACUGAUGCAGCACAGGAGCGUGAUUCCAGUGCCAGUCUGUCCUCACCUGUCAUUGUCGCCUUCAAAGUUUUCCAACAGGAGCUUGACACCAAGCACGACAAAUACGAGCGUCUUGUCAAGAUCAGUCGAGAUGUCACGAUAGAGAGCAAGAGGAUCAUUUUUCUUUUGCACAGAGUGACCAACGUUCCAGAUGUGGAGAGCGUUCUGAACGAAGCAGACGUGAGGCUGGACGGCGUGAGGCAGAAGAUCGGUCAGAUUGCUGAAGAGCUGCGGGGAGACGAUAUUUAUCAGUUUCACAGAGCUUUCACUCCAGGUAUACAGGAAUAUGUGGAGGCCGUUUCUUUCCAGCACUACAUCCGUCACCGCGGCCUCAUCAGCUUGGAGGAGAUCAACGCCAGGCUGGUGUUCAUGAGACCAGAGAAGGCGGAUCCAAAGGACACAGGUGAAGCUCCACCUCCGGGAACUCAGGUUCUGAGCUUCCACGUGACUCCAUCCGAUUACCUGCUGGGCAUAGCCGACCUGACGGGCGAGCUCAUGCGCAUGUGCAUCAGCAGCGUGGGCAACGGCGACAUGGACACGCCCUACCAGCUGAGCCAGUUCCUGCGCCAGAUCCACGACGGGUUCUCCUACAUCGGGAACACGGGCCCGUACGAGGUGUCCAAGAAGCUGCACACCCUUCGCCAGAGCCUGAGCAAAGUGGAGGACGCCUGCUACACCCUGCGAGUGCGCGGCUCUGAGAUCCCCAAGCACAUGCUGGCUGACGUCUUCUGCAGCAGAGCCGCCCUCCUGGACCCCGAGGAGGGAGUGGUUUAACCCCGCGCCACCGCUGCCACAGCUCUGUGUGCCGUCAUUGUCUUCUCAGUGUUCCUCUAACAUGAUGUUUGCAUUUUUAUUUGAUUUGAAAGAUGUUGUUUUUUUUUGACAUUUUCGGUAAUGUAGUGUUUUUCUUAUUCUCAAUAAUAGUGGUGUUACAAUAGACAAUGUUUUUGUUCUUCGAUAAUGAUCUGAUGACUUCAGUUGUUUCGCAUGAAUAAAGGUUCUGUGCCAAAUAUGCCAUGCUCUCCCAGACUUUAAGCUGCUUUGAUAGCGUGUGUUUAUUUUAUUUUCUCCCUGCCCUCCCCUCUCUAUCACACACAGAUAAUCUAAGGUGGAACCACUGGCUGCCUGCUCCAACCACACGGUGUGUAGUAGGAACAUGCAACCUUUGUACAUCGGAUGACACACACACAGACGCAAACAACCUUUUGCCUCCUCAUUCUACGCUCUUUAAACACUCCUCUCCACACCGCAGUGACGUAAAUUCAAAGUAAGGGGUCGGGGCAUGCAGGGGAUUAUUCCUGGAAGAAAGCUGAUAUCCUCCUGCUUUUUCCUCCUCACCUGAUGGUCUUCAUUUAAUGUUUGAGGAGUUGGGAAACAGCUCUCGUGUUUAUGGUUCGCCUGAAGUGGGGACUGUUUAACUUAGAGCCAUUAUAAUAGAUAUAUAUGUUUUGGGUUUAGGGUUAAACAAGUUAAAUUGUUAGGUUAAUUAGAAAGAGUUACCUUGAACCAACAUUUUCAAAGUUCUACCUCUUUAAGUUUCCUACUUCGUACACCUUCGUGAUUAAGAACAAAACAAAACAAAAAAACUUACGACAACUUUUUAUUUUGUGUGUAUUAUGAGGUUUUCUGUGAGAAAAUGAUGUUUGUCACUCACCAGAUUGAGAACCUUGAUAGACGUUGCUGUUCAUGUAAUGUAAGUCCGCCACCUGCUGGCCAAGUUUGGCACUACACUUGACCUCCCACAGCAGACCAUGAAAGGCUUCUCUGCAUUUUCUUGUGAUUUAGCAGAACAAAAUUAUUUUAAGGAAAGGAUUGUUAAGGAAAACUGAAGCAUAAAAAUUACCGACUGAAAAUGUUCUUUUUUUUAACGAAUCGAACAAAGGUUUAGACGCCAAAUGCUUUCAGGAAUAAUGUGGAGACUUUUCAGAGAAAACUUAAGCAAGAUUUAAAAAAAAUAAAAAAAACAACAACCCUUAAGUAAAUUAAUGUGAUUACUUUUUCUUUCAGACAUUUCCUGACAAAAACUGCAUAUACUGCAGGAUGUG